AUGUUCUUUGCACGACGCACCAACCGAAUCCUCUCAAAGGCAGUGAGGUACACCCAUGACCUGAGUGUAUUCUCAUCCUCACGCCUGAUCGGCAAGACUGCUCUCAUCACCGGCGCGUCCUCUGGUAUCGGCGCGGCGACCGCCGAGCUGUUCGCGCGCGCCGGCGCCAACGUUGUCAUCCUCGCGCGUCGGCAGGCGCUCCUGGACGAGGUCAAAAAGAAGUGCAAGGACGCGCAUGAGGCUUUCGGGUUCAGGAAUGCCAAGGUCGUCGCGUUCGAGAUGGACAUGACGGAUAGCAAGGCGAUUGACGGGAUCCUGGACAAGACGGACGGGCUGCCGGUGGAUGUCCUCGUCAACAAUGCCGGCCUUGUGCGCGGUCGCGAGCAAAUUGGCGACAUUUCGGCCGAGGACAUCGACGUCAUGUUCCAGACUAACGUGAUCGGCCUAUUCCACCUCACUCAGGUCAUGGUGCGCGACUUUAAGAAGCGCAACACUGGAUUCAUCGUCAACCUCGGCUCCGUGGCCGGCAUUGAAUCGUAUGUCGGCGGCAGUAUCUAUUGUGCAACCAAGCACGCUGUCCACGCCUUCAGCGCCACACUUAUGCGCGAGCUCGUCAACACCAACAUCCGGGUUGCCGAAAUCAUGCCCGGCAUGGUGGAGACCGAGUUCAGCGUCGUACGCUACCGGGGCGACAAGGAACGCGCUCAUGACGAGUACAAGGGCCUAACGCCGCUGACGGGUGAGGACGUGGCCGAGGAGAUUGUGUGGGUUGCGAGCCGGCCCGAGCAUGUCCAAAUCGCCCAAAUCCUCAUGUUCCCAAGCGCACAGGCUAGCGCGACUGUCAACUAUCGCAAGCCGGAGUAG